AAUUCAAUUAGGGGUCAACUUUACCAAAUCAGGAACAGAAGAUUGUGACGGGAACACGCGAAGGGGUAAACGUUUAUCGCUUACUUUUCCAAUGUACCGGCCGAGUUGAAGCCAGAAGAACGUGGGAGCUAUCAUCGUGCCCGCGCCAGGAAUCCUGGGAUCUUUUCUUCUUCCCGUUCCGCCAAAAUAUUGUAUAGUUUAUCGUAAUUAGCGAUCGCGAUUCGCGAGGAGAAGGGGAGGGUGGGGGAGAGGGCGUUCUUCCUGUUACAUUUGGAUCUCUGCUCCAUUUCUCUCCGCUAGCCUGCUGGGCGGUGCGAGAGAGAGGGACAGAGAUCUGUCGGUGGACGCCACUGUUGCUUGAUGAUGGUAGUGCGCUGGUGAAGCGGAAGGAGGAGAGCUGCUCGUAUCUUUCUGUUCCACCUCCUGCCCUUUCAUCCGGAACCUUUUUUGUGGGGAGGGAUGGAAAGUGGUUAUUGGACAGGAUUCAGAGCUAUAUUGUCGAUUUUGCAAUGGUGGGCGUUCAAUGUCACUGUUAUUAUUAUGAACAAGUGGAUCUUUCAGAAAUUGGAUUUUAAAUUUCCACUAUCAGUGUCGUGCGUGCAUUUCAUAUGCUCUUCUCUGGGGGCCUACCUGGUGAUUAAAGUACUUAAGAUAAAACCACUGAUUGAGGUUGAUCCAGAAGAUCGAUGGAGAAGGAUAUUUCCGAUGUCAUUCGUUUUCUGUAUAAAUAUUGUGUUGGGAAAUAUCAGCCUUCGGUAUAUCCCAGUUUCCUUUAUGCAAACAGUCAAGUCAUUCACUCCUGCGACAACAGUGUUUUUGCAGUGGUUGGUAUGGGGAAAAUCAUUUGACUUGCAGAUAUGGAGUUCGUUAGUACCUAUUGUGGGAGGGAUACUCCUUACAUCUAUCACAGAACUAAGUUUUAACAUAUUUGGAUUCUGUGCUGCACUGUUUGGAUGUCUCGCCACGUCGACGAAGACCAUCCUUGCAGAAUCCUUGCUUCAUGGUUACAAAUUUGAUAGCAUAAACACUGUCUUCUACAUGGCACCCUUUGCCACCAUGAUAUUAGCUGUUCCUGCUCUUCUGUUAGAAGGUGUUGGCGUCCUGCACUGGCUGCAAACACAUGACCAAUUGGGAUCAUCUCUCAUGAUACUGUUCAGCUCAGGCGUUUUUGCUUUCUGCCUCAAUUUUUCCAUCUUCUUUGUAAUCCAUUCCACAACAGCAGUUACUUUUAACGUUGCUGGCAACCUGAAGGUGGCAGUGGCGAUAAUGGUGUCUUGGCUGAUCUUCCGGAAUCCGAUCUCAGCACUAAACAUGUUUGGCUGUGCAAUAACACUCAUUGGCUGCACCUUCUAUGGUUAUGUGAGACACAAGCUAUCCCAAGGAGCAGCGCAGGUGACUGUAUCAACCAAAGCUGAGGAUUUGGAGAAGCAAAUGGAGGCGCUACCACUUGAUUUCUUCUUUUUCUUGGGCGGCGGAUGGAGAAGUCGAAGGAGAGCAAUGCGGCAGCCAUGGAGAGCCCUGUCUCGGAAUCUGAACAUGGCCGUUGAUGACACCAUCGGAUCAAAUUCGACGUUGCCGGAGUCGGUCGUUUGGCAGCCUGUCUUAGCCAGGUGGACGCCGACCUCGCCUUUGCGCGGACUCUUCCGGAACAGGAACGGGCGUAUAUGAUGCUGGGUAUGGUGGGAGAGCGUGGUGGAGAUGCAAGCUCAUCGACCGGAAGCUUCGGAUGUUAACGACGUUGAAAACCAUGGAGGCGAAGAAGGAAGCCAUAGGAAUGUCGGUGUUGAGAAUGAAGGCGGUGGUGACGAUGAACAACAAGAAGGCGAAAGAGAAGAUGGCGAAGAUGAUGACGAUGAUCUGUUUGAUGUGCAUGGACACGAGGAGAUUGACCCAGAUGAAUUUGGAAGUGAUGAGGCGUAUGCUGGGGCGCUUCAGGAUGCAGAGGGGAAGAAAUUGGCUGUUCGAUUGAUGGCUUUUACGGGUAUCCAUGAGAGUAAGCAAUUGACCUCUUCCUGCAACUUUUCUUGGCUUCUGGUGGAGGGAACUGUGGUUCCUUUUUAUGAAUAUUCCGUAUGACCC